AACAGCGCUCUCAGCAGUCUUGAACUCUUAUUGCACCGGAAGUGGCGCUUUGCCAGAGUUUCAAAGAUGGCGGCGUUGUUGGCACCUCGCCUCGCUUUGUUUGGCUCCUUUUCAACAAGGUCAGUUUCUACUUUUGCUGUUCAGAAUGGUCUGCAUAGCAGUGCAAAAAGUGGUGGUACCAGUACUAGUGUGGUGCCAGUCCGAGAGAAGAGCACCGCGGUGGCAGCAGCCAAACCUGCAGCCAUAGCCAGCAGCAAAGGGGAAUAUGUCGUGACGAAGCUGGAUGAUCUGAUCAACUGGGCUCGCAGGAGCUCUUUGUGGCCCAUGACCUUCGGCUUGGCGUGCUGCGCGGUGGAGAUGAUGCACAUGGCCGCUCCUCGUUACGACAUGGACCGCUUUGGGGUGGUUUUCAGAGCAAGUCCCCGGCAGUCCGAUGUCAUGAUUGUGGCAGGAACGCUGACUAAUAAGAUGGCACCAGCUCUGCGAAAGGUGUACGAUCAGAUGCCUGAGCCCAGAUACGUCAUUUCCAUGGGGAGCUGUGCUAAUGGGGGAGGCUACUACCACUACUCUUACGCUGUGGUCAGAGGCUGCGACCGGAUCGUACCAGUAGACAUUUAUGUCCCAGGUUGUCCUCCUACUGCAGAAGCUCUCCUCUACGGGACGUUGCAGCUGCAAAGGAAAAUCAAACGUGAGAAAAAGAUCAGGAUCUGGUACAGGAGUUGAAAUGUGUGUUAUAUAUCUGUGUGCACCUGGGUUGUAAAUGUAUUUCUGGUUGCAUUUGGGGUGUUGCUGCUCCUCCAUGUAGAGCUGUAGAAACACUAUUAAAAGUAAUUAUUGUAAUUUAUACACUGCUGGUUAUUUUGAACCUAACUCACCAGCUCAAUUUAUGAUUUUCUGUUGCUUUAAGUCUCGAUAUUCUGAGAGGAUCGUCUUGAUUAAAGUCACAUAUGGGGGAGUUGUCAUUUAUCAUUCAAAACUCCUCAGGUCUAAACGAAGCAAGAGUUAAAACCACAUUAUCCUAAAUGUUUUUUUCAAUAAACCUGACUUUUUGAAAAUCA